AUGUUAUCAGUCGCUGCAGUUCCUCAAAUAUUACCACAGCAGAAGAUUCGUCGAAAACGAUUUGUAACAAAAAAUGAGAUGAAAAGGAUUAUGAUAUAUUCUUUGUCUCAGCUACCGUGUUCUAUAGAAACUUGUAAAUUGGAAAAACGUGAAUUGCACUCAUUAAUUAAGAGACUUGAAGAACAACUUCGUCUGAAAGAUGCAUCAGUUAAAACACUGCGAGAAAAUUUGGCAGCAAUGCGUUUAACGAUUCGAGAAUUCAGUUGCUUCAUUGCCACUAGUUUUCCAGGGACGAAGGUGAUUCAUUCGAAAAUUAUCUAUAUAGCAAAAACAGCUCAAAUAUGGGAAAAACGUUGGAAAACAGAGGAUGAAGAAGGAAAAUGGAAUUCAGAUUUCUCGAAGUUACCAUCAGCAGUACUUCAAAAUCAAUCUGAAGUUAAACCGAGUACCUCAGCCAACCCAACUUCAUGUCGUAGUAUCGUAUAUUCUGAUACAGCAAAACCCGUUGCAUCACAGCAAAUUAAUACUUCCCAUGAGCGUAUUCCGGAAAGGGCUUGGGUUAUUUGGUCACCAGAAGAAAGAUCUUUUUCACUUGCAGCUUCAAAUAAUGAUAAGAAUAAUCUGAUUUCGAAAAAGCAGAUGGGAGCAACAGCACAUGCUUUGAUCACCGUAAAUGAGCCUUUAAAUCUUCCAAUGUCUGCGCAUACUAAUGGUAAUAUUGUAAUGGCACCAGAUAAUUGUAAUAACACAUUAAAGAUCGUUAAUCCAGAGGAAAACGCUUCCCGACGAAAGAGAAAUUAUCAUAUGACGAGCAGAAAUUGGAUGUGUGGCAAUAGCAACGUGCAUAAAGAUUCAAAGUUUUUAAAACCCGAAAUUUGUAGUCAACAUGCUCAAAACAAUAAAGUAUUUAUUCAAGAAAAGAAUGAUGUAAUUGUCAUUAGCGAUGAUGAUAACGAUGAAAAGAUGAGAAUCGGGGCUACUGAAGAUGUGGUCAGAGUACCUCGUUAUGAUUCAUUGAAUUUGACAGAAUGCAGAAAGUACCAUCCACUGGUUUAUCCGAAAUUAACUAUUUAUCCAGGAUUACGAAUAUCUCGCCUUCACAUUAAAUGGGUUAACUCUUCAGAAGGUUUGAAAUAUUUCAAGAUUGUUCUUUCUUAUAUUGAAAAGUCAAAACACAUAAUAUUAAAUAUUCAGUAUGCAGGCGAACACUCAAAGCAGGUUUUUCAUAUUUUAUAUUAUAUACGAUCAAUGGUUGAAAAAGAAGAGGCUGACGGCUGGACCAAAAUUUAUUCAAAAGAGUGUGAGGCUCAUGGAAAUAGUCGUUUGCUCAUUCAGUUUGAUAGAGGUGAAUUUCUCAAAGAUUUUGGAAUAAAUCAAAAGUGGAUUAGUGAUGCUAUUUAUUUUACUGGAUUCAUUGAGUGUGGUUUCGAAAGAUACGGAGCGUAUGCAGAUGUUUGCAAAGUGGAGUUGGGUUCACGCCAAAAACAGGUUCUUAUCUGUUUCAUUUCGUAA